AGUUGUAGUCCGCGUUCGCAGUCUCCGCAGGCUCCGCGCGGAGACCGGUGGACCCGCCUGGGAAGGUGGCGGGGGCCUGCGCGGCUCGAGGAGCUGGGCCCGGGGCUGGCCCCGGGCGGGGAUGGGGCAGAGCGCAAGCAACUGGUAUGGCCCUGCCGCUGCUGCUGGGGCAGCUGCUGGCGCUCGUGGGCCACGGGGGCGCGUUCUACCUCGAGGUCCGCGAGCUGGAGGAGAAGUGCUUCAUCCAGGAGAUCCCCGAUGGUACCGUGGUCAUAGGUAACUACAAGACGGAGCUAUACGACCCUGCUAUGGAAAAGUACCAGCCCUCCCCGCAGUGGAUCAAUCUGUUCGUGUUUGUGAAGGACCCCGAGAACAAGAACCUCCUGGCCCGGCAGUACGGCCCUCAGGGCAGUUUCACCUUCACCUCCCAGUCUCCAGGAGAGCACCAGAUCUGCCUCCACCUUGAGUCCAUCCGGUUCGCCCUCUUCUAUGAUGGCAAGCUGGCCAUUCACUUGGACAUGCAGUUGGGUGAGCACAGCAACGAUUAUGCGGAAUUUGCGGCCAAGGACAAGCUGACGCAGCUGCAACUGCGCCUACAGCAGCUAGUGGAGCAGGUGGAGUUGAUCCAGAAGGAGCAGGAGUACCAGCGGUGGCGGGAGGAGCGCUUCCGGCAGACCAGCGAGAGCACCAACCAGCGGGUGCUGUGGUGGUCCAUUCUGCAGACCCUCAUCCUGGUGGCCACAGGUGUCUGGCAGAUGCAGCACCUCAAGAGUUUCUUUAAAGCCAAGAAGCUGGUGUAGGGGGGCCCUAGAGACCUAGCCCCAACUCAUUCCCCUUCUGUUAACUGAUGGAAAGUGGCCGGCCUGGUCUAUCUCUUGGCUCCCAAUCCCCCAACCCUGGGCAGGGGGGAGGACAGAGGGCCUCUUUGAACUGGUUUCUCAGCCAGCCCUUGGGAGAGGAUGGGUUUCCCGCUAGACGCUUGGUCGGGGAGCUGCAGGAUUCUGUGUGGCUCUAUGCUGCUGAGGAGGAAGGUGAGGGUGCCCCCACCCCCCUGGCUAAACCGGCUGGAGGAACUGCCCCAAGAUGGAGAAUUAAGAGUGAAUAUAAACU